GCAGUCAGUGGGCAAGAGAUACAUCACUGGUAGUUUAUUUUCUGCAUAUCCUCACAACCUGGCUGUCAGUCCUUACAUUACCGACUUCAACUGACUAUGGACAUGGAAGAGGCUCUCAACAGCACCAUCCAUCCGAGCUGUUUAGAAGAACCUCCGCUGGCUGUCGAUGUCAUAAAGCAGCUGGAUGUCUUUGGUGUGGCUCUGUACUCCAUGCUGACCCUCAUGUCUACGCUGUCCCUGCUGCUCUACCUGGAGGAGUGUGUGUUUAUCUAUAGAAAAGUCCCGUCUCCUAAGAAGACAACUAUUAUGUGGGUCAAUGGUGCUGCACCGGUCAUUGCCACCAUGGCUUGUUUUGGGAUGUGGAUACCAAGGGCUACCAUGUUUACAGAUAUGACGUCCAAUUCGUACUUUGCAGUGGUGGUGUAUAAGAUCUUGGUUCUGAUGAUAGAGGAGAGUGGGGGUAGUGAGGCCUUUCUGAAGAGCAAUGCCCAGAAAACCUUCAAGAUCAGUGUAGGACCCUGCUGCUGCUGCUGUCCCUGCUUGCCACGCGUUCCAGUCACACGGUGCAUGUUAUUCUUGCUGAAGCUGGGGGCUCUUCAGUAUGCUAUCUUAAAGACAGUCCUCUCAAUUGUGUCCAUAAUAUUGUGGACCAACGGCAACUUUGAUCUUUCUGAUCUGGAGAUCACAGGCACGGCCAUUUGGAUCAACCCAUUUAUAGGUGUUCUCACCAUCAUCUCCCUCUGGCCUGUCGCCAUCAUGUUCAUGAACAUAUGCAACACACUGCGCAGCAUCAAGAUCAUACCUAAAUAUGCCAUGUACCAGUUGGUGCUGGUGCUCAGUCAGCUGCAGACGGCCAUCAUUAACAUCCUGGCCUUGGAUGGAACCAUCGCCUGCUCCCCGCCAUUCUCCUCUAGUGCCCGUGGUACCAUGUUGAGUCAGCAGCUAAUGAUCUUGGAAAUGUUCAUCAUUACCCUGGUGACCCGGGCGUUGUACCGCCGUACCUAUGACUCUCUUCCCACCGACCGCCACGAGACCGACAACGACCAGAACAGCAAGAUCAGCCUGCAGGCCCCAGAGGGGGAGCACACUGUCUGAGAGAUUGGGGUGGAGUGAGAGGGAGAGUGGUGUGUGUGUGUGUGUGUUUGCGUGAGUGUGUGUGUGUGUGUGUGUGUGUGUGUGUGUGUGUGUGUGUGUGUGUGUGUGUGUGUGUGUGUGUGUGUGUGUGUGUGUGUGUGUGUUUGCGUGAGUGUGUGUGUGUUUGCGUGAGUGUGUGUGUGUGCGUUAAAGAAAGAGAGAGGGACUCUCUACCAAACAUUUACACUAUUGUUUUACUUGUAUAUUAAUGAUGUUUUGAUGGUGUGAUACUGUAUAUUCUGCUGUUCUAGUUGUUGGUUAGUCUUGUAUGAGAUGAAACUUACUGUAUAUUAAAAGUUUACCUGCAUUAUGCUGAAUAUAAUAUCAGAACAUAUACCUCAAACAACAUGUCUGUCCCAUCCAUAUUUCCUCAAGUUGCCUCAGCUCUCAACACGGCUAUGUGGAGUUUGGUGUGAGAGGGUGUUGGAAAGAGAAAGUGGGUUAAUGGGAGUG